AUGGCGGAAGGCAACGACAAGAGCUCAAAUCCCAUGCGCGAUCUGCGCAUCGACAAGCUGGUGCUGAACAUCUCCGUCGGCGAGUCUGGUGAUCGUCUUACCCGUGCUGCGAAGGUGUUGGAACAACUGUCGGGCCAAACUCCUGUCUACAGCAAAGCCCGUUACACCGUCCGCUCUUUCGGCAUCCGUCGUAACGAAAAGAUCGCCGUCCAUGUCACCGUCCGUGGGCCCAAGGCCGAAGAAAUCCUCGAACGCGGUUUGAAAGUCAAGGAAUACGAAUUGAGGAAGAAGAACUUCAGCGAGACCGGAAACUUCGGCUUUGGUAUCUCCGAGCACAUCGAUUUGGGAAUCAAGUAUGACCCGGCGAUCGGGAUUUACGGGAUGGAUUUCUACUGCUGCAUGGGUAGACCCGGUGCGAGAGUUGCCAGGAGGAGACGUUGCAAGAGUAAGGUUGGACGCAGCCACCAAGUCUCUAAAGAUGAUUCGAUCAAAUGGUUCAAGACGAGAUUUGAAGGUAUUGUGCGAUAG